CGGGGCCUGCCUGGUGUGAUGGCUUCGCCCGCGAACCCUUCUUGGUGUAACGACCGGAGAGUAGCAGCACAGCAACCCUAGCGCAGAGGCGGGUCCGACCGCGCGAUGACACCAGGCACAGACCAUUCGCCGCCGGGGGAUCUUUCCUGAGGGCGCGGACGAGGGAGCGGGAUCCGGUUGGCGACUGACAUCUCGCCCCGCCCUAGAUUCUUUCAGGGUCGGCUGUCUCUGAACAGUGGAUCCCAGUGAGGAAGAGCCGGGCGCACGCUGAUUGCGUCACCAAACCACGCACUCAGCCCGAGCAAGCCCCUCUCCGGGAGAGGCCUCGGUGGGGGAGGGCCCUGCGCACUGUGAUGACGCCAAGUCCCGCCCGUUUGAGGAGUGGAGCGGUGCAGCCCGCGGUCCCCCUCAGUGGGGCGCUGGCGCGCGGGCUAGAGCGACCUGCGGUCCGUGGGAGAGCCGCGCCCGCCUCGGCAGGGAGGAGUGCUCAGCGCGGCUGGAGAUGAGCAGCGCGGGGGGCGAGGGGCCGGAGGCCGGUCCUGGCCGGGCUGGGGGCCGCUCCGAGCCCGAGGCCCCGGGCAGCGCUCUGAGUGUGGACUUGCCGGGGCUGCUGGGGCAGCUGGCGCGCAGCUUCGCGUUGCUGCUGCCGGUGUACGCCCUGGGCUACCUGGGGCUGAGCUUCAGUUGGGUGCUGCUGGCGCUCGGGCUGCUCGCCUGGUGCCGCCGGAGCCGCGGCCUCAAGGCCAGCCGCCUGUGCCGCGCGCUGGCGCUGUUGGAGGACGAGGAGCAAGCUGUGCGCCUGGGAGUGCGCGCCUGCGACCUGCCCGCCUGGGUUCAUUUUCCAGACACUGAAAGAGCAGAAUGGCUAAAUAAGACUGUAAAGCACAUGUGGCCCUUUAUUUGUCAGUUUAUCGAGAAGCUCUUUCGAGAAACCAUAGAGCCAGCUGUGCGUGGAGCAAAUGCUCACCUCAGCACCUUCAGCUUCACAAAAGUGGAUGUGGGUCAGCAGCCCCUGAGAGUCAAUGGUGUUAAGGUUUAUACUGAAAAUGUAGACAAAAGACAAAUUAUUCUGGACCUUCAGAUUAGUUUUGUAGGAAAUUGUGAGAUUGAUUUGGAGAUCAAAAGAUAUUUUUGUAGAGCUGGUGUGAAAAGUAUUCAGAUCCAUGGGACAAUGCGGGUGAUAUUGGAGCCCCUGAUUGGAGACAUGCCUUUAGUUGGAGCUUUGUCCAUCUUCUUCCUUAGGAAACCACUUUUAGAGAUUAACUGGACAGGACUGACUAACCUUCUGGACAUCCCUGGACUGAAUGGUUUAUCUGAUACUAUCAUUUUGGAUAUAAUAUCAAACUAUCUAGUGCUUCCCAAUCGAAUCACCGUUCCUCUUGUCAGUGAAGUUCAAAUAGCUCAACUGCGGUUUCCCAUACCAAAGGGUGUCCUAAGGAUUCACUUUAUUGAAGCUCAAGAUCUUCAGGGCAAAGACACCUACCUUAAAGGCCUUGUCAAGGGAAAAUCAGACCCCUAUGGAAUUAUCCGGGUGGGCAACCAAAUCUUCCAGAGCAAAGUCAUCAAAGAGAACCUUAGUCCAAAAUGGAAUGAAGUGUAUGAGGCUUUAGUGUAUGAACACCCUGGACAAGAAUUGGAGAUUGAACUGUUUGAUGAAGAUCCAGACAAGGAUGACUUCUUAGGAAGUCUUAUGAUUGAUCUUAUUGAAGUUGAGAAGGAGCGCCUUUUAGAUGAAUGGUUCACUCUGGACGAGGUUCCCAAAGGAAAGCUGCAUUUGAAGUUAGAGUGGCUCACACUGAUGCCUGAUGCUGCAAACCUUGACAAGGUGCUGGCAGACAUCAGAGCUGACAAGGAUCAAGCCAAUGAUGGCCUUUCAUCUGCACUGCUGAUCUUGUAUUUGGAUUCUGCAAGGAACCUUCCGAGUAUCUACGAGGGAAACUUUGGGUGUGGCUACUUAAAAGAGAGGCGAGCGUCGGGACUAGUGUUUUGUGAGAAUACUACCUCAAUCUAUAGAACACUAUUUAGUAACCCAUUAGACUUUAACCCCGGUGUCUUGAAGAAGUCUGCAGUUCAGAGAGCUUUAAAGUCAGGGAAGAAAAUAAACAGCAACCCAAAUCCUCUUGUCCAGAUGUCAGUCGGUCACAAGGCUCAAGAGAGUAAGAUUCGAUACAAAACUAGUGAACCUGUAUGGGAGGAAAACUUCACUUUCUUCAUUCAUAACCCCAAGCGCCAGGACCUUGAAGUUGAGGUUAAAGAUGAGCAGCAUCAGUGUUCUCUGGGGAGCCUGAGGAUCCCACUCAGUCAACUGCUUACAAGUGACAACAUGACUAUAAACCAGCGGUUCCAGCUUAGCAACUCGGGUCCAAACAGCACCUUAAAAAUGAAGAUUGCCCUCCGGGUCCUCCAUCUUGAAAAGCAAGAAAGACCACCAGACUACCAGCAUUCAGCUCAAGUGAAACGGCCCUCUGUCUCCAAAGAAGGGAGGAAAAUGCCUAUCAAAUCUCAGAUGUCUGCGUCGCCAGGCACCAGUGGUGCCAACACUGCUCCGUCAACACCAGUCAUGGGAGUCGAUGAUAAGCCUGCCAUAGAGGAGAAGCCCCAGCCCCCUGAGGCCAGCCCUCUCGGGCAUCGUGACCUAGGCAGGAGCUCCUCCAGCCUCUUGGCCUCUCCAAGCCACAUUGCAGCCAAGGAACCCACCCCAAGCAUUGCCUCAGACAUAUCACUGCCCAUUGCCACUCAGGAGCUGAGACAAAGGCUACGUCAACUUGAAAAUGGGACAACCCUGGGACAGUCUCCUCUGGGGCAGAUCCAGCUGACUAUCCGGCACAGCUCCCAAAGGAAUAAGCUCAUCGUGGUUGUGCACUCCUGCAGAAACCUCAUUGCCUUCUCGGAAGAUGGCUCUGACCCAUAUGUCCGCAUGUAUUUAUUACCAGACAAGAGACGCUCAGGAAGAAGGAAAACACAUGUAUCAAAGAAGACAUUGAACCCUGUGUUUGAUCAGAGCUUCGACUUCAGUGUUUCGCUGCCUGAGGUGCAAAGGAGAACAUUGGAUGUGGCGGUGAAGAACAGUGGUGGCUUCCUGUCCAAAGAUAAAGGGCUUCUUGGCAAAGUGCUGGUUGCUCUGGCAUCUGAAGAACUCGCCAAGGGCUGGACCCAGUGGUAUGACCUCACAGAAGAUGGGACAAGGCCACAGGUGAUAACGUAGCUACGCUGGACGUAGGUCUAUCUUUCAGUGUAUCACGUGGCACCUCAACAUGGAACACACCUUCUCGCAGAUGUACCAAUGCUAUUUUUAUAAUUUUAAGUAUUGAGUUAUACAUACCUUAAUAAUUUUAUAAAACUUGGCAUUGUAGGAAAAUUUGGCCAAUAUUAUUGUUGAAUCUCCCUGUUGAGCUUCCUCCAGUGCUUCACCAGGCACCGCAGUAUGCAGUGGUGUAGUGAUGUGUUUCCUGUGCUGUGUGUAGCUCUGUCAGCCGCACCUGCUGGAAAGCAGAUACCUGGACUUGUUUCUGCCUUGUCCUGCAUCCUGGAGGUGCACUACACCAUGUAAAUAGAUUCUUUUUUAUAAUAUCUACAUGCUGGUUUGGAUAAAGAAGAAAAUGAAUUAAGGAAAUAUGUAUUUUCUUCUAAGACUUAUUACAUUCUGUGACAAAUUAAUCAUUUUCAUCUUUUCAGCAAAAUGUUCUCAUAGAGUUGUUGUGUGAUAUGCCUUUUUAAGGAAAAAUGGGAAGAUUAUUAAAUAUUAGAAUUUUUAUGUCUAUUAUGAACGAUAAAACAAAUUUCAAAUUACUAACAUUAUUAUAAAUAGGAAAAUACAGUGAGAAGUCAGUAAAUGGCUAAUUUAAAAAGUUGUAUAACUGAGUACUGGACAAUACCGAGAGCAUUGUUAAGGCUCUGGAGAAUCACAGUAUACUCAUCUGAAAUGUAUUACAUAAGAAAGGAAUGUGCUGUUUAUUUGUGUAAUUGUUUGUUAUAACAGACUCAUGAGUAGUACAGAGAUACACACAUGCUAGGCAUUGUACCUCACAUCUGUAAUCCCAGGGUAUGGGAGGCCACACCAAGAAGACCCAAGUGUUAAAGGCCAGCCUGGGCUACACAGCAAAACUCUGUCUUGGGAAAAAGAAACAUACAUUAUAUUUUGCCCAAAGCAUAUUAGGAUAUAAGGUGUUAUCAAGAGUGAUGCAAGCUUAGUUUGUUUUGUCCUUGUUUCUUACCCUAGGAAGACAGGUCUGUCGUUACUGUAAAGAGGUGAAAUGGGAUGGAUGCAUAGUAACAAAGGGUGCUGAGCUAAAGACGUUAGUUAGAGCACUGCAGUUGCUCUUGAUGGGAGAACCUGGCCAUAAGUCCACACACAGGAUACACACCUCUAGGUGGAGCUUCCUGUGCUUCCCCUCAUGCGUGACAAAACAUCCUGCGCAGUGCCAGCAAGCUGCUGUCAGGCUUGACAUUUCGUGGAUAUCCUCAUUUUGUGCCAUGCCAGAUGUUAAUACAAUUUUUAUUUUGGAAUCCUUUUAUUUUUAGAUUGGGAAAAGCAUGUUUUACGUAUGUAAGAGAUCUCAAACCUCUUGUGAGGUGAGGCUAUGUCACAGUAUUAUAAGCUAUGCAUGUCUGUAAGCAAAAGAUGCACAAAUGUAGGAAGAUUUUUUUUCAGUAUGCAUUUUAACCUCUAGGAUGAAAAGGGCUUCUCAGCUAUGAGAUCAUUUAAAACUAAUGUACACUUAUAGCAGGAAAAUACAGCUUUGUAAUCAAAAUUGGAGUAGUUCCAUUCACAUGCUUCUUGGAAUUAAACCUAUGGGAAGCUUAUGUGACCAAACAUACCAAAGUGCCUGUGAUGAAUAUCGAGUGUUCCUUUUGCACUCUCCUCCUGUCUAAAAGAUGAAAGUGUGCCUCAGUUUGUAAUGUAACAUGUACAGUUGUAAUGCAGUCUGUGGCUCUUCACAGCACACCCCAGGUAGUCAUACGGUCAGAGUAAUCUCUCUCCUGCCAUCUGACACCUUCCUCUGAAUCCUGUUUAUAAAUCUCUUUUCAUUAGUGAGCAGGAUUGUGGGAAAGUUUGUGUAUGUACACACAUGAACAUAUAUGUACAUAAAAUAUUCCAGGGUGGCAUUUUGGUUGCAGGAGAAAGGCAGGUUAUAGUAAAACUAGUUGCUUGACCGUGGUAUUGGCUUUUUUUUCCUUAAGUGUGUUUUUAAUUAAGUCCAUUUAAGAGCUUCUGUCUAUAAAAGAGAUUUUUUUUUUCCUGAAAUUGUAUCAUGGCAAUGGUUUUUCAUCAACAACCUAUCUAUCUUAGUUUUGCAUCCAUAGACUUAGUCUGUUAAGUGUGUAUUUUAUUUAAUGGAAUGCUUUUCAUAACUAAUUAGGCAAAUUGAGUAGAGUUAAGGGUACAAUCCCCUAAUAAAUCAGUAUGAUCCCUACUACAGUCACAAAAGCUGGUGCCAAUGAGUUCAGAUACAGUGCCCCCACGUCCAUCAUCUGAGUCUUCAAGUAGCAUCUCCAGUCUAUGUGGAAAGGAGAGAGAAGGUCCAGUAAUACUAGCCCAGUGAGUUGUGGUUCUGAGUGCUGCAUGAGGAGGGCUGACUUGCCAUCAAGGCACACUCCAGUGUCCUGAAGAUAGACACUUUCAGUUCUCAAAAUGUUAACUUUUAGUUUUUAAUGACUUACCUAGGAAAAAAGAAUGUUACAUUUUCUACUUUGAGCCAAACCAAUGAGGAAAUUAGUGAUUUCAAGUACACCUCUCCUAACUUAUUCGUGUGGUGGCUUAUCCUGUGCCUUAAAGUACAAAGGUGUUUUCAAGUUUCAGAUGAAAACAGAAGCAGCCUUGCAACCAUAUGUACUACCAUUUGUAUUUUGCACUCUAUAUUUCUUGUACAGGCAGUCCCUAUGCAGAGGUGUUUAGGAUUAGUUUAAAAAACCUCAGGCAGAUACAGAGAGUGAAGCCUGCUGCAGUGAAUGGUCCCAUCUGGAUUACCCACUGUAGGGGUGGGCCAUAGAGGGUGAUUCUUGUUUUUUGUUGUUUGUUUGUUUGUUUGUUUUAAUCAUAGAAUGUCCUUUUUGCUUAAUUUUAUAUAACAGCACAUGUAUUUAUUCAAUAAAACUUUUAUGUUAGUGUA